AUGGAAAAGCUCAGCCUUAUUGAUUGUAACCUCUGGUCCUUGGAGGGGAUGCCACGCCUGCCCAAUCUUCGUGUACUAAUGUUGGGUGACAACCACCUAAAAGACCUGAGCGUCAUACCCGCGUGUUUCCCCAACUUGCAGAAGCUGUCCAUCCUACGCGCGCUCGAUGUCGAAGGCAACGAGCUGUGUGAGAUCCGUGGCUACGACCGCUGGAUGGUGGAUGCGUUCCCUCGGGUUAAGUUGUUCAUCAUCACCGCUUAUGAUGUCGACAGCGAUGAAGAUGAUAACGAUGACAUUUCCUGGUUUCUCAGCGACGAAGCCAUGGAUGCGGAUAACGAAGAAGAGGAUGAAGGCGAUGCCAUUGAGGGACCUGGAGAAUCGGUGCCAGAGGUCAUCACAUUUGAUUAG